AUGGCAAAUUUCGACGAGCGUACGGCAGCCCUGGGCGGCACGGAGGAGCAGCUGUUCAAGCUGGUCUCCAGACACGCGACGCCCGCGCAAUGGGCGGAGUGGCUGCGAGCCCCCCUGGAGCACGCCGUCGCGGAGGGCAACCAGCACCUCGCCUCCACGCUCCUCAGAGCCGGCGCUGACGGGGGCGCGGGCUGGAAGGGCUGCGACGGCCGCAGCCUGCUGGACGUGGCCGUCCAGGGUGGCAAUAGCAAGACCGUGUCGGCCUUGCUAGAGGCCGGGAGCCUCGGCGAUGUCAACGCGGUGACGGGGAGUGACCGGAGGUCGCCUCUGCACCGAGCGAUCGCGGGCGGCCACACGGCCGUGGCGCGAGUGCUCAUGCUCGCGGGCGCGGGCGUCUCGCUGCUCGACUCCGACAACCGCAGCGCCCUGCACUAUGCCCUCCGGGGGGGGCACCGCGUGCUGGCCGGGGACGUGAUGAUCGCCGGAGCCGACGUUAACGCGAAGGACAGCUGCGGCGAAACUCCUCUUCACAUCGCGGCCGCCGCAGGCGACGGGCACUCCGUCUGCACGCUCUUGCGCCGGGGGGCCAGCGUGGGCGCAGCGGACGGCCAGGGGCGGUGUCCGCUCCAUGCGGCGGUGAGAGCGGGCCAUACAGUAGCCGCGGAGGCCCUGCUCAAGGCCGGGGCUGAUCCCAGCGCCCGAUACGGGUCCAGCCUCAAGUUCUCGCCCCUUCAGCUGGCGUGCAGCAGCAGAGAGGCGGCGAUGACGCGGGCGCUCCUGAAGCACGGUGCCGACGUUAAGAGUUGCGACGGGUUCGGGUUCACCGCGCUCCACUGGGCGGCCUACCGCGGCAAGCCGUGCGUGAUCGAGGCGCUCGUGGGAGCCGGCGCUGACCUCGAAGCUCGGAGCUCUCAGGUCUGGCUGCCGGGACACCGGGACUCUCACGUGGGCCUGACGCCGCUGCACAUCGCCGCCUUCUUCCGGCGCAGCAACACCCCGAGAAUGGCGCUGCUUUUACAGAGGGGGGCGGACGUCAACGCAGCCGAUGGCCACGGCCGGACCCCUCUCCACAUCGUCGCCGCGGCUCCGGCGACGGACAGCUCGGCCGCGGAUAUCGACUUCCUUCUCAGGCGCGGCGCCGAUGAAACCGCUGAGGAUAACUUCGGGCGCACCCCUGAGCAGGUAGUAGUCACCCGCAGCAGUUCCGCGGAGCCCCUGAAGCGGUUGCUGAGGAGAGCUCCCGCGGACAGAGCCUGGCGACGGAGAGGCCCGCUGGUCUUGAGCCGUGUCCGAGCGGAGAGGGAAGAAGAGGACAGCCGAGUAGUGGGUGGAAAGGUUCUGCGCCAAGGGGCGGAGUGCGCAGGGGGCGACGCCUCUGGUGGUCGGGAUGUGGGCGGCGGCGUAUUGGCGAGAGUGGUGGGGCUGGAAGCUGAAGAAGUGUUCCGAGCGAUUGUGGGAUUCGUGUAG